AAAUCUCCCAACAUUUUCAUUUGCCAAAUGGACAGUCCUACAAGAAUGAACCCACUCCACGAGGCUGCAAAGAAUGGUGAUAUCAACAAAGUGCGGAGUCUGUUAGAGACUGGAGCAAGUGACAUAAACAAGAAGGAUGACGAAGUGGAUAUUUUAAGACCUACACCUCUUCAUAACGCUGCUGAGGGUGGUCACAGCGAUGUAGUAGCUCUACUCAUUCAGCACGGUGCUGAUCCCUGCAGUACAGACACGUGGAGUCGUACACCUCUUCACUACGCUGCUGAGGGUGGUCACAGAGAUGUAGUAACUCUACUCAUUCAGCACGGAGCUGAUCCCUGCAGUACAGACUGUACUUGUAUUACGCCUCUUCACUACGCUGCUGAGGGUGGUCACAGCGAUGUAGCAGCUCUACUUAUUCAGCACGGAGCUGAUCCCUGCAGUACAGACAGUUGGGGACGUACACCUCUUCAUAACGCUGCUGAGGGUGGUCACAGCGAUGUAGUAGAUCGACUCAUUCAGCACGGAGCUGAUCCCUGCAGUAAAAACAGGGAGGGUAAUACACCUCUUCAUAAGGCUGCUUGGGGUGGUCACAGGGAUGUAGCAGCUCUACUCAUUCAGCACGGAGCUGAUCCCUGCAGUACAGAUGAGCAAAAGCGUACACCUCUUCAUAACGCUGCUGACCGUGGUCAAAGCGAUGUAGCAGCUCUACUCAUUCAGCGCGGGGCUGAUCCCCGCAGUACAGACGGGGAGGGUCGUACAGCUCUUCAUCUCGCUGCUUGGGGCGGACACAGCGAUGUAGCAGCUCUACUCAUUCAGAAAGGAGCUGAUCCCUGCAGUAGAGGCAGGUGGGGACGUACACCUCUUCAUGAAGCUGCUGGGAGUGGUAAAAGAGAUGUAGCAGCUGUACUCAUUCAGCACGGAGCUAAUCCCUGCAGUACAGACGAGAAUGGCCGUACACCUCUUCAUGACGCUGCUUUGCAUGGUAACAGCGGUGUAGCAUUUCUACUCAUUCAGCAGGGAGCUGAUCUCUGUAGUAGAGACAACUUGUAUGGUAGUACACCACUUCACUACGCUGCUCAGGGUGGUCACAGCAAUGUAGCAGCUCUACUCAUUCAGCACGGAGCUGAUCCCCGUAUUGAAGACUCGCUAGAGGGAGUCACAUUGGCAGAUCGCAUGGCAUAA